AGACAUCAUCUUAACACUCCUUACUUAAGCCCUUAAAGCCUUCUCUAGAGCAUCUCUGGCGUUUGUUAAGUUUAUGCGAUCUUGGGGAAAGUCAGUAGACACAAUGUCUAGUUCGUCACGAAGUAGUCAGAAAGAAAACGUCUCUGCAAGCAGAUUCGGGCCAAAACUUUGCGGUUAUUGCAACGAGUUCCUUUCUAAUCUUGAUUUGAACUUUGACCAGCUUAAUAUUUGCGGAUGGGUGCACUCUAUGGAUUAUCAUGAUAUACACAAAUCAGCCCGAUCCGGUUGCCAGCUCUGCAUUGUAUUGAGACAUGAUAACACAGACCCCGAGGACGAACAUUGGCAUAAGGCGGCGCUCGGCGCAUACUACAAAGGGAGGGCCUCAAUUAUGAUGUUUUUAAAAUCCACCUCGACGACUUGCUAUUCGGCUAUGUACGGACAACUGUCCGAAACCAUUUCUUACCCAGGCACUUCGCGCCGACAGAGGGUACUUGACGAGUUAGAUUCUAUAGGAGCAUACCACGACCUAAAUUAUACGCCCCCGAAAUCAACGGAGAGCCAAACGGCAUGGGAACUAUGUGAUGCUUGGAUAAAGAACUGCAUAAAGAACCAUAGCAGAUGCAAGAUCCUCCACUCCGCUUCAUGGUAUCCGACGAGGCUUUUAUAUAUCGGCCAUUUUCCUACCGGAUAUCUCGAUAGGGAUCUCAGCUCCUUCAAUGUACAACUUCACUUAACGCAAGACAAGCCGCCCAAAGGGGGUUACAUGACACUUAGUCACUCUUGGGGUUUUAUCGCUUUUGAGAUGCUGAAGCUCACGAGCGAGACUUAUGAAUAUCGCAUAAAGAAUGGAUUCUCAUACAUAGAACUUCCCAAAACAUUCCAGGACGCUGUCCGUCUAUCGCGGUUUCUUCGUAGCGACUACAUAUGGAUUGAUUCGCUAUGUAUCAUCCAAGGCUCUGAGGAUGACUGGAUACAUGAAAGCAAAGCGAUGGUCGACGUAUACCGACAUUCGAAGUGUAAUAUCGCAGCGACGGCAGCUCAAGGACCAACCGAAGGCUGUUUCUACCCCCGGGAUCCUACUAUAGUUUCUCCUUUAGAGAUUUCACUACGCCUAGGGGGAGAAGAAGAGAACCCAAUCCCAAAGAAAUACCUCAUCGUUUCCGAUCAUUCAUGGCAUAGGAGUAUCGAGGAAGCGCCACUAAACAAGCGAGCCUGGGUUUUUCAAGAACGCAUAUUAGCACCGCGACAAAUCCAUUGCGCCAAAGAUCAACUGUUUUGGGAAUGCAACCAAACAACUGCAUGCGAAACAUUUCCUUUCAUUUUCGAAUCUCACAUAGAGUAUAGCAAGGGCGCUGCUCCCUUAGCUCUAAAUAUAACAAGUCUAGAUCUUACGUUGUCAGAAAUGCGUAAGUUGAGAUUUUGUGAAACGAGGCAUGACCCGUUCCCGGGUAAUUUUAUUAGCUAUCCCCAGGAGUCAUCCUAUUCUACGUAUAGCAACAUAUCUAGAUUUGAUAGGACAUUGGCACAUCUUGAAGGGGCCACCAUAGACGAGAAGAUCGAGCGCCUGAGACGCAACAUAUUCCUGGACUGGAAUAACAUAAUCUCUCGGUAUUCAAGUCUCGAGUUGACAUAUAAAACCGACAGGCUAGUAGCAAUCUUCGGGGUUGCAUCUCGAGUUCAGGAGGCUCUUAAAGAUAUGGAUAUUUACGUCGCAGGCCUAUGGCGCUCACAGCUUCCUUGGAUGCUUCUUUGGCAGAUUAGGAUAUCCGAUACGCCCCCCUCGUAUGACUGCGGUCCUUCGUGGAGCUGGGCCAGCUUCAACAGAGACGUUUAUUUUUACGCUAUCCCACAACCUCAUGACCGUGUCCUAAUCAAUGUUGACGAGGCCCAUGAUGGGCAUACGGUCGCCAAGCAAGGUGCUGCUAGUAGCCAUAGGAUAUCUUACUUAAAACUACGAUGUCUCCUUUACAAGAUCGAACCUGACAUUGCAGCAAAUAGCGGCAAGCAGAGUAGAACAAGGUUCACAACACCAACAAACCCAAGAUUGGGGUUUCGCCCGAAAUCUCUACACACAGACUGUACAGAAACCGACGAUUAUUGGCAUCAGGCUUAUAUUAUACUUGUCAUUGGCCAACACGAAGAAAAUAGGCUAUGGGGCUUACUGGUACGUCUUUGUGAAGAGGAACCGGAUUGUUAUAGACGCACUGGCAUGUGCUGGAUCGAUACAGAGGCCGAACCCAAUAUAACUGAACAUGUGCGGGGGGCUACGGAUAAGGAUAAAGCCUAGACGAAGAUCAGGGCCCACGCAAUAUUCAUCCAUGCCACAUCAAGUAAUUCAUAGUCUGCUCGUUCCCUUUGUGGUGCUUCGUUAGCGAUGUACCCAAAAAGGCUAUGAUGCGCUUCUGCUUUCUACUUACUUACUCGGUGGCCGUGGAGUCGGUCGAUGACAUACCGUCGCGACAAGCUCAAAGCAGACAAGUAAGUAACCUAGACGUCCCUCGUGCGCGUAUGUUUCGUUCAUUCAUCAAGAUGACCAUCUUCGUCGGACUCGUCUUCGCGCUUAUACUCGUGGACGUACUUGCCCUCGGUCGGCGUUGGGCUGAAGCCGUAGGGAUAGCGCUCGGCGUCGUCGACGGGAGGGUGAUCCUGGUCGUGGUCUUGGGGCUUGACGUAACGCUUUCGGCCGCGCUUGGUGGUGCUGGUGGUGGUUGACGUCUUCUUCUCCGGGGUUUGGGGGACGAGGACUUCGCGAGGUGCGUCCUAUGCUUCCUCGUUGGUGUCGCUGGUGCCUGGUUUGGUGGUGGCGGUGUCCGAGUUCGCGUUGUUGAAGGCGGUUUCCAUGUCUGCUAGGGCGGUUUUGAAGACCGUGUCGAAUAGGUCUUUGUUGCUGUUCUUGGUCUUGGCCUUGCUUUUUGGUAGG